GGUAGGAAAAGGCAUUCUGUGGCACGUAGACAUGUUGCGCUAGGAGGAAUGACUGGCGGCGGCAGAUUUCCUGUCAAUUCGGGACGAUCUGUCGUUACCUCAGAGCCCGUGCUUUCACAUGAAUCGUACAAGCUAUACAGAAAUCACAAUCACCUCGGCUGCUUAGCAAUAUUUCAACAAGCACUUGUACCCUUCUCCAUGGAAUGCAUUACGACAACAUGUCAAACCGUCUCUUAUCGUCCGGCCCAUGUCGAAGCGCUAGUCAUCCAGCUGGAAUAA